AAUUAUCUCAAGCCUCACAUGUAUCCGAAGAUAAGGGAAAUCUGGAUGAAUUGGGUCAACAGCAGCUCGUUGUUGUUGUUGUGCUUCAAUAUAAAUAUGGCCCAUCCCAAUGCAUAUCUAAGAAGGUCUCUCAAACGUCCGCACUCGUUUUGAAAAGUUGAAAACUCCACCCUAAAUUGAUUUACUGAGUCGAACUACUUUGCCAUGGCACCCUCUGCAAUUGACAUUCCUACUCCUAUUUCCGACGGCUAUGAUCCGCGGAAAGACACCUUUCGGGGCCCGUCUAAGGUCGCCUUCAACCCGGCCAUCCAUCUCAACUAUACCCCCCCGAACCGCAAGUACACCUACUCGGAGCUGGGCCUUCCAUUGAAGGGGACCAGCGAUUUUGGGACCACCGAGCCCUUCCAGCUAUGCUCCGAAGCCGCAGUGGUUGAACUUCGACGAGAGCUCCUCCAGCCAUCCACGAUCAAGAGACGCAUGCACUCGUGGUACCGCGCGCCUGCUACGCUUCGGGGGUUUACUGAAAAAGAGGCACCUUUCAUUCACGCCUUCUGGCGCUCCCCCGAGGUGCACAAGAUCAUGGAAGAAGCUGUGGGUAUUGAACUCGAGUUUGCCCUGCCCUACGAAAUUGGCCACACCAACAUCCAACUCGGAGCCAGUGGGAAAGAGGGCGUGCAGGAAUUCCCGCUGCUUCCUGAGCCGGUGCCUGCUGGAUGGGAGGAGGAGAAGUCCGUAUAUCACGAGGUUAAUGUCGACGAUUGGCACACCGACAGCUUUCCGUAUGUGUGUGUGCUAAUGCUUUCAAACACGGAUAAAAUGGUGGGCGGAGAGACCGCCUUGCGUAUGCCCGAUGGGUCACUGAGGAAGCUGCGCGGGCCGACGAUGGGAUCAUGCAUUGUCAUGCAGGGUCGACACAUGCCACACGCUGCGCUGCGUGCUUGGAACACUGGCGAGCGGAUCACGAUGACAUGCUCUUACAGGCCAAAGUCCCCAGCCUUGCGAGACGACACGGAAAUUACCAACUCACUUGAGCUCAGCUAUUUGAACGAGUUGACUGGACAGUUUGCGCUGGAGAGGUUCAAGGUGCUCAAGAAGAAGUCAGAGUAUAUGAUCGCUCAGUUGGAAAAGGCAAAGAAGGAUGCGUUGGAAAGAGAACCAGACAACUUGGAUGCGGUUAUCAUGGAUAGGAAGGCGGUCAAAGCAAUGAUGAAGGAGAUGAUUUGGUAUCUCGAGGUCUCUAUGAAGCAGAUGAAGAUGCACAUAGAUGAAGAUUGAGGUACGAAUAUCAUUUACGGUAUUUACCCCCACAUUACCUAGGUUGUGAGCGACUUUGAUGGCUCACAUUCAUUUUGCUUCGCGUAUUUAGCCUUUGGUUCUCAAAUCUUAAAAAAGAGCAAUAAAACUUUAUGAGCAG